GAGAGAGGAGGAGGAGGAAGGAAAGAGGGAGGAGGGAGGGGAAGGGGCCGGGGCUGCGGGUUCCGGUGUCAGGCGCGGACGUGUCGGCCGGGGCCGCGGAACCGCAGGCGCUGCCCUGUCCCCGUCAGCAGCAGCAGCGCCCGGCCCUGGCGUCGCCAUGUCGGGGACCAGCAGCCCCGAAGCCGUGAAGAAGCUGCUGGAAAACAUGCAGGGGGACCUGCGGGGCCUGAGCCUCGAGUGCCGCAAAAAAUUCCCCCCCGUCAAGGAGGCUGCUGAAUCAGGGAUAAUAAAAGUGAAAACGAUAGCUGCACGGAACACUGACAUUUUGGCAGCAUUGAAAGAGAACAGCUCAGAGGUAGUUCAGCCUUUUCUUAUGGGUUGUGGAACAAAGGAACCAAAGAUCACUCAGCUUUGCCUAGCAGCCAUCCAAAGGCUCAUGUCCCAUGAAGUUGUUUCAGAGGCUGCAGCAGGAAACAUUAUUAAUAUGCUUUGGCAACUGAUGGAAAAUAGCCUUGAAGAACUUAAAUUGCUUCAGACAGUUCUUGUACUUUUAACAACAAAUACAGUUGUGCAUGAUGAAGCACUAUCCAAGGCAAUUGUACUUUGUUUUCGGUUGCACUUCACAAAAGAUAAUAUCACGAAUAACACUGCAGCAGCUACAGUGCGACAGGUAGUUACUGUUGUAUUUGAGAGAGUGGUUGCUGAAGAUGAACGAUAUAAAGACACAAUCGAACAGCCAGCUGCAGUUCAAGGAAACAGUAACAGAAGAUCUGUCAGUACACUGAAGCCAUGUGCUAAAGAUGCAUAUAUGCUUUUUCAGGAUCUUUGUCAGUUAGUUAAUGCUGAUGCUCCUUACUGGCUCGUGGGUAUGACGGAAAUGACCCGAACGUUUGGCCUUGAACUUCUUGAGUCAGUCCUCAAUGACUUUCCACAAGUGUUUUUACAACAUCAAGAGUUCAGUUUUCUUCUUAAAGAAAGGGUAUGCCCUCUUGUUAUAAAGCUCUUCUCCCCAAAUAUCAAAUUCAGGCAAGGUUCUAGCACAUCAUCUUCCCCAGCACCAGUGGAAAAACCGUAUUUCCCCAUCUGUAUGCGCUUGCUGAGAGUAGUUUCUGUUUUGAUUAAGCAGUUUUACAGUUUGCUGGUAACAGAAUGUGAGAUCUUUCUGUCAUUGCUGGUUAAGUUUCUGGAUGCAGACAAACCACAGUGGCUAAGGGCUGUUGCAGUAGAAUCUAUUCACAGGCUUUGUGUGCAGCCUCAGCUAUUAAGGUCUUUUUGUCAAUCCUAUGAUAUGAAGCAACAUUCCACGAAAGUUUUCCGUGAUAUUGUGAACGCUCUGGGGUCCUUCAUCCAGUCACUAUUUCUUGUACCAAGCACAGGGAAUACAUCAGUGACACCAAACCAAACUGGAAGCAAUGCGUCUGGGAGUACUGGAUCAGCACAGACAAACCCUGGAGUGCUUGGAAUGGGGGGUGGUGCAACUGUAUUACCUGCCUUUGAGUACAGAGGAACUUGGAUACCUAUCCUGAAUGUAACAGUACAAGGCAGUGCUAAAGCUACCUAUUUGGAAAUGCUGGACAAAGUAGAGCCACCUACAAUUCCUGAAGGCUAUGCCAUGUCAGUGGCAUUUCAUUGUUUACUGGAUCUUGUCCGUGGUAUCACUACCAUGAUUGAAGGAGAGCUGGGAGAGGCAGAGACAGUCAAUCAAACCACAACAGAGACAACUUCAUUACCAGCACAAGCUUCAGAGCGGCAAGACUUGCAGUCUGUAUCUGACCAAUCUGACAAAGAGCUAGUUAACAGAGCUGUCUGGGAAGAAAUGGUCAAUGCCUGUUGGUGUGGUCUUCUUGCUGCAUUAUCGCUCCUACUUGAUGCAAGCACUGAUGAAGCUGCUACUGAAAAUAUUCUAAAAGCAGAAUUGACCAUGGCUGCUCUUUGUGGAAGACUGGGUCUUGUAACAUCAAGAGAUGCCUUUAUCACUGCCAUUUGCAAAGGUUCCUUGCCUCCUCACUAUGCCCUUACUGUAUUAAACAGCACAACAGCGGCUCUGUCCAGCAAAUCAUAUUCCAUUCAGGGACAGAAUGUUCAAAUGAUCAGUCCCUCAAGUGAGUCUCAUCAGCAAGUUGUAGCAGUAGGGCAACCCUUAGCUCUUCAACCACAGGGAACAGUAAUGCUGACUUCAAAAAAUAUCCAGUGUAUGAGGACAUUACUCAACUUAGCUCACUGCCAUGGAGCUGUUCUUGGUACAUCAUGGCAACUUGUCCUGGCUACUCUUCAGCAUCUUGUGUGGAUUCUGGGGCUGAAACCUGGUGUUGGGGGUGCCUUAAAACCUGGAAGAGCUGUGGAAGGACCCAGCACAGUUCUGACCACUGCAGUUAUGACUGAUCUACCAGUUAUAUCCAACAUACUUUCAAGGCUUUUUGAAAGCUCACAGUACCUUGAUGAUGUGUCUUUACAUCACUUAAUAAAUGCCCUUUGCUCCUUGUCUCUGGAAGCCAUGGAUAUGGCCUAUGGAAACAAUAAGGAACCAUCGCUUUUUGCUGUUGCUAAAUUACUGGAAACAGGACUAGUUAACAUGCACAGGAUCGAGAUCCUUUGGAGACCUCUGACGGGUCAUCUCCUGGAGAAGGUCUGUCAGCAUCCCAACUCCAGAAUGAGAGAAUGGGGAGCAGAGGCUUUAACUUCUCUCAUUAAAGCAGGUCUGACAUUCAGCCAUGAUCCUCCAUUAUUACAGAAUCAGAGACUGCAGCUGCUUUUAUUGAAUCCACUGAAGGAACUGUCAAAUAUUAGUCAUCCUGAUAUCAGGAUCAAGCAGUUGGAGUGUGUGCUACAGAUUUUGCAGAGUCAGGGUGACAGCUUAGGACCUGGUUGGCCGUUGGUCCUUGGAGUCAUGGGGGCAAUCCGAAGUGAUCAGGGAGAGUCCUUAAUUCGGACUGCAUUCCAGUGUCUUCAGUUGGUUGUGACAGACUUUCUUCCAACAAUGCCAUGCACUUGUCUACAGAUAGUUGUUGAAGUUGCAGGAAGCUUUGGACUUCACAAUCAAGAGCUAAAUAUUAGCUUAACUUCAAUUGGUUUGUUGUGGAAUAUUUCCGAUUACUUUUUCCAAAGAGGUGAAAUAAUUGAAAAGGAACUAAACAAAGAAGAAGCAGUGUUGCAGAAACAGGCAGAAGAAAAGGGGGUACUGCUGAACAGACCUUUUCAUCCUGCACCACCAUUUGACUGUCUUUGGUUAUGUCUGUAUGCCAAACUUGGAGAACUCUGUGUGGAUCCCCGACCUGCAGUUAGGAAGAGUGCUGGGCAGACGUUGUUUUCCACUAUUGGUGCUCAUGGAACUUUAUUGCAACAUUCAACGUGGCACACAGUGAUAUGGAAGGUUUUAUUUCACCUCUUGGAUAGGGUUCGGGAAUCUUCUACUACAGCUGACAAAGAGAAAAUUGAAUCAGGAGGAGGGAACAUCCUCAUCCAUCAUUCAAGGGAUACAGCUGAGAAACAAUGGGCAGAGACAUGGGUGUUAACACUGGCUGGAGUUGCAAGAAUAUUUAACACCAGGAGAUAUUUACUGCAGCCUUUAGGAGACUUUUCCCAAGCCUGGGAUGUUCUUCUUGAUCACAUCCAAUCAGCAGCGCUCAGCAAAAAUAAUGAAGUUUCCUUGGCUGCUCUGAAAAGCUUCCAGGAAAUCUUACAAAUCGUUUCUCCUGUCCGAGACUCAGAGAAGCCUGACACACCACCUGCUAUCAAUGUUUCUGUACCUGUGGUGGUAGGGACAACAACUGCCACUAGUCUUGGCAGAUCGUUCAUGAGAACUGACUCCAUAGGGGAAAGGAUGGGAAGAUACAAUGGAUCUGAACUACCUGUAGUAACAGAUGAAAUUGAAGAUUUGAAUCUUUGGUGGGCAGCUUGGAACAGCUGGUAUAGGAUUGGUUCAGAAAGUACAAAGCCUCCAAUUAAUUUUGAUAAAUUGACUUUCAUUCCCAGCCAGCCUUUUCUUACAGCUUUAAUUCAAAUAUUCCCAGCUCUUUACCAACACAUCAAAACUGGUUUCAGCAUGGAUGAUCUCCAAAAGCUGGGUGUCAUUUUGCAUGGUGCUGUUUCAGUUCCGAUCAGUUCUGACGCUUCCCCUUUCAUCCUUCCAUCCUAUACUGAAGCAGUUCUGACAAGUUUACAGGAAGCAGUGCUUACGGCUUUAGAUGUUUUACAAAAGGCUAUAUGUGUAGGCUCAGAAAACAUGCAGAUAAUGUAUCCUGCAAUCUUCGACCAGCUAUUGGCCUUUGUCGAAUUUUCCUGCAAGCCUCCCCAGUAUGGACAGCUGGAAACAAAGCACAUUGCAAAUGCAAAAUAUAACCAGAUACAACUAUUUGCACCGGCUGAAUGGGUAGCAUUGAAUUAUGUACCAUUUGCUGAGAGAUCACUGGAAGUGGUUGUGGACUUAUACCAAAAGACAGCUUGCCAUAAAGCUGUUGUAAAUGAGAAAGUUCUUCAGAACAUUAUUAAGACACUGAGAAUACCUCUUAGUCUGAAAUAUUCCUGUCCUUCGGAAAGCACAUGGAAGCUAGCUGUUUCCUCCCUUCUCAAAGUUCUCUCCAUUGGACUACCAGUUGCAAGGCAGCAUGCAUCUUCUGGAAAAUUUGACAGUAUGUGGCCAGAGCUAGCCAAUACGUUUGAAGAUUUUUUGUUUACUAAAAGUACACCUCCUGAUAAUCUCUCAAUCCAAGAAUUUCAGAAGAAUGAGAGUAUUGAUGUUGAGGUGGUGCAGCUUAUUAGCACAGAGAUACUACCGUAUGCUAAUUUUAUUCCUAAGGAAUUUGUUGGUCAGAUAAUGACUAUGCUCAACAAAGGCUCGAUACACUCUCAGUCAUCCUCAUUUACAGAAGCAGAAAUAGAUAUUCGAAUGAGAGAGGAGUUCUCUAAGGUGUGUUUUGAAACACUGCUCCAGUUUUCAUUCAGUAAUAAAGUCACAACUCCUCAGGAAGGCUACAUCUCUAGAAUGGCACUUUCUGUGCUCUUGAAAAGGUCACAGGAUGUAUUGCAUCGCUACAUAGAAGAUGAGAGAUUGAGUGGCAAAUGUCCUCUUCCACGGCAACAAGUAACAGAAAUCAUAUUUGUUUUAAAAGCUGUCAGUACUCUCAUAGAUUCACUUAAAAAAACUCAGCCUGAAAAUGUUGAUGCUAACACAUGGGCGCAAGUUAUUGCCUUGUACCCGACUUUAGUAGAAUGUAUCACCUGCUCCUCCUCGGAAGUGUGCUCUGCUCUGAAAGAGGCACUUGUUCCCUUUAAGGACUUCAUGCAUCCACCAGCAUCCAAGGUACAGAACGGAGAGUCUUGACCCCAUAAAACUUUUUUUCCUUUUUUUUUAAUUUUUGAAGGAAAAAAGUAUCCAAAAAUGUUUGUUCCCAGGUGAAGUUUCUCUGAGGAAAUCUCUUGUGGCUAGUACUUGGCAACUAAUGUUGACUGCCUUUUAUCUGUACUAACAAGAGCUCAGUAAUUCAUGAAUACAGGCUAUAUCUCAAAGGUUCCAGAGCGAGUAGCAGUGCAAACCUUUAAUAAAUUUAACUGAGUAGUUGGAAUCAUUUAUAAUCUAAUGUACUUGCUACAGUAUCUUGAAGUGGUGAUUGAAAAGUGGGCUUAUGUACAGCUUGUUGUGUAUGUGUUAAUGAUGUAAUUAAAAAUAUUUCAAUUCAGUCAGAUUUAUUAGGCUGGUGUUUUGCACCCUUUUUUGAAGUACGAAUUGUACUAAAAUUUUAUGCAAGAUGGUACUGUAACAUUCCAUAUAUCUGUAACCAGCCUUUGUAAACAAAGGGAACUGAUAUACUUGUGUGUAUAAUAAAUGGUACAGUUCUGUAUAAAAUAGUUGCAUUUAUUAUUUAAAUUCUUUUUAAAAUAUUGAUAAUGUUAAAUGCUUGAAAAUGUAUUUAUUAUAAGUUGUAUGCUUGCAUUUUUACUUACAGUUGGCCUUCUAAAUUGGCAGAUAUGAUCAUUCAUAUCUGAUCAUGUUCUUAGUUUUUGCUUAAUUGAAUGUAUCUUCUCUGUGGCCAUUGAACAUCUCAAUGAAGAGGUCAUACGACAAAAGAUUGCAGCAAGCAGUCAGCAGCCUGCUGAUCUCAAACUUCAAAGUAGUUGACCUGAAAUAAGUUUGAAUAUGCAGAAAUCCACUGUAGCACUUCAACACUACCAUACCUCACUUCAUAAUAUAUUUAAGAUGUUUGUUAUACUCAAAUGUAUCCAUUUUUGUAGUUGCAGCCUUGCUUUAAGAAAAACAAAUACUCGGGGGUCAUUAGCCUUUUUUGACCUUACUUGCAGAUAUCAUGGUCUUUGAAUCGUGACCCAAGGAAGGUGAUUGCAAAUAUCUGAAAUACUUGGCUGUAAUAUUUUGUUCAAUAAUUUUAAGUGCUUUGUUUUGUAAUGUCUUUUAAACCCAAAUUGUUCUAACCUUUUAAUUAUAUACAGUCUGAUAUAAAACCAUGAGAAGUGUAUUUUUGAAGUUAGUUAUUCAUUUAGAAGUGCAGUAAAAUUUGUCAUUAAAUAAAUGUGAUUUUUCUUUCACUUUCACAUAAUACACAAUUAAAACAAAACACUUUUAAUAGUAUUGUUUUUCAAGUUUGUAACAUAGCAUUUAAAUUUUUAUUUAAAGAAUUAUUAUCUCAAUAAUGUUUCACCUGUAUUCACAUAUUUUUAAGCUGUGAUGUGAAAGCACAAAUGCCAAAUGUUUUGAGAGAAAAAAAGAAAAGACAGGUGCCUUUCUAUUGAUUUCAGAGCUUACCUUUAGGAUUUUGUUCCUUGACGUCUUUUGUAGAUAUUAAAAGUGAUUAUCAUGCAUAAGAAGUGGUAUUAUAUGUUUGUUUUACUGUUUGCUGACUAAAGAGAUGUUAAUUGGUACAUGUGAAUAGAUGUAGAAUUUGUAGGAGCUUCAAGUGAGGGUGUGAGGAACUGGUCAGGGUUAGAAGUACCCCAUGCGAAUGAUGUUACGCAAGCACAGCUUUGAACAGCUUGCUCCCCUGAGACUCCAGUUUAUGAUCCUUUUAAAAAAGGGCAUUAAAGAGGCUUCAAGAACUUGCACAUAUAUCUUUGAGAGCAUUGCAUGGAACUUAAUCUUCAAGUGUGGAUAGUUUUUAAAGAACACACAUUUUACAUUCAAGAAACAAACACUUUCCAUUAAUAGAAUUUAAAUCAAAAUAGCCUGUUUGGAGAAGCAGUUCCAGUAUACUGCAGACCUGAGUCCCAGGUACAAAUAGUAACGUCAUCAUGCUCUGAAAUUGAAAAUGUUGCAACUGUCCUACUACUUAGUAAAAGAUAAGACAAGGCCUAUUGGUUCCUUAAAGAAAAAAAGCAGGGGUCAGGCAGGGCAAGGGUAUUCAUUUGUUUUAAAAUCUGCCUAUCUACUAAAAAUUGUGGCAAGAGGCAUGCAGACCAAACUGUCGAUGAGUUUGUUUCCAAUUAAUUUCUAAUUGUUUUUUUUUUCAGUGAUAACACAGAUACAUUCUGUGCAUAUCUUUAUCUAUAUUUUAAAAAGAGGGUAUGUGGGUGUGUAAGUCAUAUUUGGCUCUAAAGCUUAGAGUACUUUACCACCCAUGGAUAUUACUCUUCUAAAGACUGAAAUAAACUACCAAUCAGCUGAACUUCCUUCCUUUCCUCUUAAUUACCACAUGAAAAAUAUUUAUUCUAUUUGAGGCAUGUUUUGGACAUACAAGUAAAGGCUGACCAUACUCAAACUGCUUUCUUGUAUUUUGUAUAAGUAGUUUGAAAACUGAAAGCAAAGGUAACUGGUUUAGAAAAUAUGUUUUUCAUUGACUAAUUUUGUUUGUGAAUAAGGAUUAUUCUAUUUUCUGUGCCUUCUUGUCCAGCACUCAUAAUUUCCUCCAACUUUGAAGUAUCAGAUUCUUGUUUCUGUCUGUACUUCAGGCUAAAUAUUCUUAGGGCCUCUUUGAUGCAAAGAGCAUUUUUUGAAUAUUUAAAUUACAUAUUUUAUAUCCAUUCCUGGCAAUACAAAUCUUGUUAGUUAAUUUAAUUAAUGCUGCCCAUCAAGUAAACCCAUGUGCUCAAUUCUGUGUGUUUGCCUAGGCAUGAGAAAUAAAGCAAACAGACAUUUUCAGGAUUGGGGUCUGCACUGUGUUGCUGAAAUCAUCUAGAAAGGUGAUUGUACAGAAAUAUGUCAGCUGGAAGCUAGGGGCUAAACGUUAAUUGCUGAAUGUAAUGGCAUUCUUCAGCUUUUUUCUUCUUCUCCCCAAACCUUAACAAAGAUUCAUAUUGGGAAUCAAAAAAUGUGAGGGUCUUCUGCAUUAUUACAAGGUUCAUAUCAAGACUUUGGAUUAUUUGGGAAAACUUGUAUGUCUUGGUGCCAAGGGAUUUGAAGGUAUGCCUCAAUGUGCACAGGGAUUUAAGAUUACAUAAGUAGCUCUAAGAAAAAGGAAUAGAUGACUCAAGCUGGGAAUUUUUAAUGAAAAAAAUAUUCUUAGAAAUAAUAUAUAGUAGUUAAUUUGCUUAUCAUCAGACAUAUUUAUCUACCAGGGCAUACAUUUUGUUUCCUUGUACAUUUGCUUACUUCCCUACUUGUUCUUAUCCAUGACUCGUGGAAUCUUCACAACGUCACAGAGUGGAUGAGGUGGGAAAGGACCUUUGGAGGACAUCUGAUCCAACCCACCUGCUCAAGCAGGGACACUGAGAGCAGGUUGCCCAGGACCAUGUCCUGACAGCUCCAAGAAGGAAGAUUCCACUACAUCUCCGGGCAACCUGUGCCUGUGCUCAGUUACUUGCGCAGUAAAUAAGUGCUUCCUGAUGUUUAGAUGGAAACUCCUCUGUUUCAGUUUGUGCCCCCUGCCUCUUGUCCUAGCACUGGCUCCACUGACAAGAGCCAAGUUCUGUCUUUGCACCCUCCAUUCAGGUAUCAUUGUACAUUGAUAAGGUUCCCCUGAGCUUUCUCUUCUCCAGGCUGAACAGUACCGGCUCUCUCAGCCUUUCCUCACAGGAGAGGUGCUCCAGGCCCUUGAUCAUCUUGGUGGCCGUUUCUCAUUCUGGGGAGUCUAGAACUGGACGCAUAACUCGAGAUGUGGCCUCAUUAGUGAUGAAUAUAGGAGAAGGAUCACCUCUGUCAACCUGCUGGCAAUGCAAUCAAUGCCUAAUGCAGCCCAGGACACCAUUAACCUUCUUAGUGGCAAGGAGACACUGCUGGUACAUGUUCAACUUGGUGUCCACCAGGACUCCCAGGUCCUUUUCUGCAGAGCUGCUUUCCAGCCGAGUGGGCCCCAGCGUGUACUGGUGCCUGGGGUUCUGCCUCCCCAGGUGCAGGACUCUGCACUUCUCCUUGUUGAACUUUGAGGUUCCUAUCAGCCUGUCCUUCAGCCUGUCCAGGUCCCUCUGGAUGGCAGCACAGCCCUCUGGUGUAUCUGCUGCUGUUCCUGGUAUGUUACGAGACAUUGAGCCACAAGAAAUACAUGGUCACUGUUAAUUGCACCUGCAAGUCGGAGCAUCUGAGAUACUUCAACAGUUUAGCAUUAUAUUCCUUUUUAUUAUUAUUAUUUUUUCCUCCACCAACACCUAGUUUGUUUCUUCUUGCCAAAUGGCAAACCUUCAUAUAGCUGGCCUUGAACUUUCCAGGCAACGUACUUUUAGUGAGAUCAAUGCAUUUUUCCCCUCUCAGUAUAUCUCUACAUAUGGUAAACACAAGUCCUAGUCAGCAAUGUAUUUUAUACUGAAAAUUGUUUAGAUGUUCAGGAUACUGCUGUUGUUGGAAAGGAAAAAAACAAAGCAAAACAACAA